AUGACUCACAUCAAACACGUCAGGCGAGACACAUUCGACACUAUUAAUGCAACUAUCAGCUCAACUAUGGAGACAUUGUUUCGACAUUUGUACCCGCCUCAAGCUCAGUUACAUACCUUUUGGUCUGAGUCUAGCCGACUCAGCAUCACGUCGAAUGGAAUGGCGAUUGUGUCCCACUUUACUCCAGCAGCUACAACAAGCAUAGGGCCCUCUGACAAUGGACUGCUUCGCAUCAGGCAAAAACUACUAACUGCCUCAGAUUCACGAGUUGGAAGUCUACCUGUGUUCCCCAUGGAAUCUCAUUCUUCCAGUAGUGCAAAAGAUUCUCCUAGAACGGUGUUUGGCCGUGCUAAUCACCCCAGAACCAUGAAUGAUUCAGAAGCACCGCGUACUUCCAGCGCCAGGAAGCAACAACGUGAAUCCGCUACGGAAGAAUCCGAGCUGGAGACUAGUCGCCUGGAACUUAGACGCUUACGACUAUUCACCGACGGCUUAGAUGACGAUGUACAGACAAUAAUACUUCGCCUAAACAGCCAGACAUCCAAAUCGAAGAAUUGUUCCCCAGCACAAUGGUGUGUCUCAAUUUUGGAACUGUAGCUUAUUUACCCUCUCAGUAUUAAAAUACGAUUUAACAUCUAAAUAACAGAAAGCAAAAAAAAAUCAAAAAGAUCUCGCAAGUGGAAACGCCCUCUGGUCUGCCGCCUCCUUCUUUGUGUAUAAUAUAAAACACAGUAAAUAAACAUGCUC